AUGGAACAAUCAAUAAAGCGACCGGCCAAACAGCCAAGCAGAAUGCCUUCUCUUACACGAUUAGCAGCGCGAGCAUUAGUUAAGGACAAAAUCAAGUACUUUGAGGAACUGUCCGAUAAGCUAGCUCCUACUAUUAGGUUAGAUAAAAAACCUGUUUCAUUGCAAAAUAUGCGGGAUGAGGAAUUGAAACUUGCUAGAGUGUCAAAAUAUAAACAACAAUCAUCAUUUCAAAAUUUGUUUCACGAAAGACUAGAACAGAUGCCUGGUAAACGAGAACGGGCACAAAUCACAAUAAACGCGGUUAUUGAACAUACAAUUGGCAAUAGAACCGAGUUCAUUGAUAAGACAUAUGGGCCAUUCAAAAUGGAAGUCCCAAAAAUGGACAAAUCAGAUAUAUACAAGUUUUUAAUGUAUACGCUACUCCAAAAUAACUUCACAGUCUUAUCAACAGAAACUAUAGCCGAAAUUGGGGCUGAUAUUUCGACACAUAAUACUCAGUUCUUCAAAGAUCAUAAAGCUGGUGCUCUCAAACUGAACAAAUUCUUUUUGGACAAGCAGUUUCAGAUUAAACAAAGGGGUUGUAUGGUUGAUUUUGUUUGGCAUAACUGCAAGGGUAAGAAAGGAUUCCAGAAAUACACGUACCAAAAACUAAGUGACGAAUUGGAAGUAUAUGCUCCAAUUUUUUCAAUGAUGUCAACACAAGAGUUAGUUACAUGGGCUAAAGAAUGCCAUCCAAAUGUAUCAAUCCACGCUUAUGAUUCAACAUGGAGGAAAUUUAUGAAACAUAUUGCUAGUGCAUCAAGAGAUAUAAGCCUCGUAUUCUAUGUCAAAGAUCACCAUCUAUACCCCAUUCAAGAUAACCACCUCAAACAGAUCGCUACAAAAGCUAACCAAGGUGGCGCUGAUAAUCUAUGGCGCUACAUGUCGGAAGUCAAAUGGUCAAAUCGAUCGAGUAGCUAUAUUAAGUAUCAACAACUUGUCGAUAAUGCUACUGCUGACAUUGUCAAACAAAAGGACAACAAAACAAACAAACCAACACUUCUAACAAUAGAGAAUCACGUAAUUGUGUUACCGCCGGACACAAAAAUAGAACCCAUAAUUGAAGAAUAUAUGAUACGCACCAAUUAUUUUGUCGAGUAUUUACAUUACGAUAAUAACGGAAGAUUAGACGGUUUUAUGGACCACAAACAUAAUAUGUACAUACUAAACAAUGAUUAUGACAUUAGAAAGGAGAUAUGCAGGAGGUUAUUCAAGAUGUACAAAACACAUGAUUUUAUGUGGUGCAAUCAAUCAUAUACAGCUUUGGCAUCAUCGAUGUUCAAACACAUGAGAGGAUACCUCCCUGAAUCACAGUAUGACACUAAAACACGGGAAGUACUUGAUGAUUUUUAUCCUCGAGCUCUUCAAUGGUGUACAAGUAAGGAAUUACCUGAGUUUGUCACAUCACUUGAUAUCUGCAAGUGUUAUCCAAGUAUCCUGAUUAACAAUACGGAAUCGAUACCUCUCUACACAAUAAAUGAUGUAAUAUUGCCGUACGAUAAUAAUGAACUAGUACCAGGCGAAUACUAUAUCGACGAAUAUGAAAUACCAUUGGGGGACAGCGACGUCGGGAUAGAAGCUGGAUUUUAUAGCAGGCGAACCAUAAAAAUAUUAAUCGAGAAGUUUAAUAUGCCAAAAACACAGAUCAAAUGGUAUAUACCGUCACGGAAGACAUUGCGUUGUGAUACUUUCAAGAACUACCUGUUAGCAAUCUUCAGUCUAUUUCCAGAGUCUGAGGCAAAGUUACUCGCAAAUUCCUUCAUCGGAAAUCUCGGAAAGAGGUAUAGCAGGAAAGAUAGUGGGUUUGUAUGUCAGUCAAUGGAUACUGUUCAAUGCAUUUGGGCUUCAGCACUUGCUGAGAAUCGGAAUAUCACUAUUGACAGUUAUCGGAAUCCUACAACUAAAAAUGAACUGUACCUUGUUAGAGAAAGUAAAGUAGAGCGUAUAUUAUCAGACAAUGCAUCGAUUAACAGAUUUGUCAUCAGUGAAGCCAUCGCUAACCGUCUCGAAAUGAUAUACGAUAAUUGGGAAGAGGAUAGUAAACUAUAUGCUGUCAACACUGAUGGAAUAUUCAUAAGUAACCCAAAAAAUAGUUAUCCAAACAAGAAAGAUGUCGAGUUCAAACCUGAGAAUAUUGGUAAUGUCUAUCAAACGGACAGUAAAUUAGUAUACUUUGAGAAACAUUAUAGGGAGAACUUUAAAACUGACAAUUAUGAUGAUUAUGUGGGCAACGGCGUUAUUUACUAUGGAAUGGCCGGAAGUGGUAAAACAUAUAGAUUAUGUGAAAUGGCAUCUCAGGUCGAUAACCCCAUAAUACUAUCUUUUACAAACAAAGCAGUAGAGAACGUAAAAUCGGUGUUUCGUAAGCUGAACCAACCAGAAUUAGCCAGGCGAUGUUAUACAUUCGAUCUUUAG